AAUAACUGCUGUAAAGCUGCAGCGAUUGCAGUCUGCACGUGAGUCACAAACUUCACCUCGACCACGUACAUCCAGCCGAAUUCCUGCAUGAGUCGGCGAAUAGAUUCAUCUUUUUUUUUUUUUUUACAACGAAUUCCCAAGCAUACCCUCUGGUCCAAGACUAUUCCAACAUAAACUCAUAUUUAGCCAAGGAUAAAGCUACUAGGUUACGCAGUUGGCUUGUUAUUGGUAGCUAAACAUACGAGCUCCACCGCUCACGAGCCGUGCUUUUUGUGGAACGGUGGUCUACAAGCAAUACUUUGUGCCGAUGAUCCAGUUAUUGUAGGGUUUAUUUGGACUGCGCCUAAAGCAGUUAACGCAAAUUGAGUGCUAGUCAGCUAGCUAGGCUCAGCUAAGUGAAAUUACAGAAAACGAGCUUGUUAGCAAGGAGGGAAAGAAACGAUCGGAGAGAUUAGCAAGAGGCUUUUUGAAAGAAGAAGAAGAAAACCGAAACGGAAGCAAUCGGAUUGCGCCAGUAGAUAUUUUGGACAAGUUGUACUUAUGCAAAGCUAAGUACAACCGCCGGAUCCUAGAGGUCCAGAGUCUCCAUUCAGUUGACAUGGAUGAUGAAGAUGGCAGGUGCUUGCUAGAUGUUAUUUGUGACCCACAAGCUCUUAAUGACUUUCUUCAUGGAUCAGAAACACAGCUGGAUGCUGAUGACCUUUUGGAUGGCUCAAGUGACCCGUCCAGUUCGUUCUUCUCCAGCACCGGGGACCAUGUUCCUGAAGUCCAACCACCGGCUCAGCUGUCGACGAGUGAGCCAUCUGGCCUUCCCCGGGUCAGUGUUGACUUGGAUUUUUUAGAAGAUGAUGACAUCCUUGGGGCCUCACCAGAAGAAGGAGAUAAUGAAAGCAAUGGUGUUGGGUCAAAUCAUGAACCUUGUGAUAUUCUGCAGCAGAGUCUGGCAGAAGCCAAUAUCACAGAGCAGAGCCUUCAGGAAGCAGAGGCUGAGCUUGACCUCAGCUCGUUUGGGCUGACUGGUCUGACACAGGUGGUCCAACCACUGCCUGAUGCUAGUUUGCCUGGUGUGGGCAUUGCUGGAACUACACAAAUCUUUCCUGGUCAGGGCACCACCACCACACCUUCCAGUGCAACUACCGACAUGCUUGGCUCAGUUCUGGCACACCAAGGGAUGCAGCUUCAGCCCCAGGUCAUGAACAAAGCCAUCAAUGUCCAGCCAUUCAUGCAGCAAGUUGGACUUGGAAACGUGACCCUUCAGCCCAUUUCAAGCCUUCAAACCCUACCAAAUGGAAGCCAAUCUGGACACCUGGGCAUUGGACAGAUUCAAGUUGUGGGUCAAUCCACUGUAAUGACUAUCAAUCCAUCAGGGCAGCACAUUCUGGCCAAAACCAUGGGUGGCUAUCCUCUGCACCAGCCUGGACUCGAUGUCACCAGUGCUGGGGCCCAGGCUGGUCUUGGAGGGUCUAUGCUUGGCUCUGGUGGAGGACUGUUGAUUCAGGGAGGCAAGGCCACUCUAGGAUCUCCAUCAUUGAAUGGUCCAGCUAUUUGUGUCAGUAGCACUAACACCAUAAGUAGUGGUACCACAAUGGCUGCACCGAGUGGUAUAUUGGGUUUUGCUCGUGGUCCUUUAAAUACAGGAACUCAGUCUCAGACACAAAACCAGGUCAUGCAGAAUGUCAUCAUACAGCGGACACCAACCCCAAUACAACCCAAACCUCCCCAAGGGAGCACCAUCCAACCUAAAUCCUUCAAACAGCAGCAGCAACUGCCAGCUGCAAAUACACUGCAAAAUGAUGCCAAUAAAGCUCUUGGGGUGCAGCAAGUCUCAGCAUCUGCUGCUCAGAAUGUUACCUUCCUUGCUGGCAAACCAAGUUCAAAUGUAGUAUUGAGUACACAGACCACCACACAGGGGACGCAAUUCUCCCAAGCCCUGUUUAAGCAAAGCAAUCCUACAUCAGGCAAGCCUCUUAGUGUUCACUUGCUAAAUCAGCAGGGCAGCAUUGUCAUUCCUUCCCAGGCUGUCUUACAAGGGCAGAAUCAUCAGUUCCUGCUUAAUCAGCUUCAGACUGGAGGUCAGAUUCUGGCCCAGCAAACAGGGGGACACAUUAUCACUAGUUCCGGGCCAGGUGGACAAAUUAUUGCUGCCAAUCAGAUCUUGGCAACCAACCAAAAUAUAAAUCUAGGACAGGUUUUGGCCCCUCAAGGUCAUCCUGGUGCUGCCCACAUUCUUUCUGGACCCAUACAGCUUCAGUCUGGUCAGAUGGGCCACCCCACACUCUUCCAGAUGCCUGUUUCUCUAGCUCAGUCACAGAAUCAAGCUCAUUCAGUUACAGGACAUGUUCAAACUGUGAUACAAGGCAUGCCUAUACAGAGUUCCCUGUCAAUAGAGGGUCUGAGUCCAGCUGUCAGUUUGCAGCCAACUCUUCAGCAGCAGGCUGGUGGUGUCAACACCAGCACUGGAGUAACAGCCAUGACCCAAUGCCAACCAAGUGAGAGCAUAGCUGACCUGGGAACAUCGAAUGAGCAGGCAGCCCAAACCCAGUCCCAACCCUCUAUCGUUACUGUUCAGACUGGUCCUCCAGUUUCAGCCACUAUGUUGAUUUCAUCUUCUGCAUCGCCAUCUUCUACAGUAACUUCAUCUACGACCUCAGUGAGCACAGUGGGCUUGGCUUCCCAGGUCCAGCACAGCCCAGGAAAGGUGUUGUUCACUCCUCAAAGCUCCAGCAUAAUCCUUAGUCAGGAGCCUGUGCAGAUGUUCCUUCAGCAGGAUCAGCAGCACCAAGCAGGGAAAGACCCACCUGCCUCUGUGGGUGUACCUGCAUCUGUUAUCGUCAGUGGUGGCAGCUCUGGUUCCGCCCCUACAGUUCACGAUGGCCCAUUAACUGAAACUCGCCCAGGGGAGAAUGCAAGUCCUUCCCUUGGCCCUGCUGACAUGGCAGCAUUGGUUAACAAGGUUUCAUCAGCAGCACAUCAGCAGCAAGCUUUAAAGAUCCAAAGCGCCUCACCCUCUCGGUCUGUGGCCACUCACAGUGUGACGCCGACUCUCUCAGACAGCCCCCAGCCAUCCCAGGUUUCCCCCCUUAUUCAGAUCCAGUCCCCUCACCCUCCACAGUCCCGACCUCCCUCUCAGCCUCAGGCACAGCCACCAUCUCAAUCCCAGGCACCUUCACGGGCAUGCACACCUUCCUCUAUACCUCCACUCUUUAUAAUACACAAUUCAAUAGGAGGUUCACCACAACCAUCUCAGCCAGUUGCCCAAGCUCCACAACAGCAAACACAGCAGCAGGCACAGCCUCAGCCUAUUCAUGUGCAGAUUCCACAGGUUGUUUCACAGCCUGUGGUUCUCCAGCAGGAACAGCUGCCCACCUCCUCUUGCUCCCCGAAGCCUCCCCAGGCUCCUUCGUCACAGUUCCAUUUUGUGACACCUGCAGUGUGUGCCGCGGCUGGGACCGUGUUGAAACAGGUGCCAGGCCUGACUGCUGAACAGCAGCACCAUUUACAGCUGAUUAAUGCACAACUACAGACAAUGUCAUCGAUCACCCAGCCUUCACCACAGCAGAAGCAGCUCCUGGAUAAACUCAACCAGGUUCAGCAAAACAUCCUUCUUCAGGCAAAACAACAACAACAACAGCAGCAACAGCAGCAACAACAGCAGCAGCAGCAGCAACAACAACAACAACAACAACAACAACUUCAUACUCAGACUCAGGCAAACCAGUUUAGUAAACUGCCUGACCAGCCCACAACUCAACUGGUUAACUCUUCAGCCAGCAGCACAGUCAAUGCAUCUGUCACAUCUCUGUUGCAACAGAAGUCUGUCUUCAUCAAGUCAUCAGUUUCAGGUUCAAAUGACACCCAGGUAUUUCCUGGAACUUCAGGUCCAAGUGGAACAACAGUAAAUCAAGGAAAACCCCCUCUAAAUCUUGCUCAGUCUGUUCAGGCAAAACCUGGGGUUAUAAGUGCAGUUGGAGGGCUGACAUUAGGUAAACCAGGGUUACAGAUUCAGGUUCUGAACAGCGGACUCUCACAGAUGCCUACCCUGCAGCCUUCAGCUCCUGUUCAAACCCAGACUUCAGCUUUAAAAAGGCCUUUAAGUGCAGAGCCAAGCAAAGAAGCAAGGAUUUUAGAACAGUUGAGGAAGCUUCAGGCUUCUGUACUACAUCCAGACUACAGCUCACCUUUCCACUCUUUUGAGGACACACUCUGCCGGCUGUUGCCCUACCACGUGUACCAAGGCAUGGCUCCCACUCCUCAAGACUACCGCAAAGUGGAUGAAGAGUUUGAAAAUGUCUCCAGCCAACUUUUGAAGCGCACACAAUCCAUGCUGGAUAAAUAUCGUCACCUGCUGUUUGAAGAAUCAAGGAGGCUGGGUCCUUCUGCAGAGAUGGUAAUGAUUGAUAGGAUGUUUAUCCAGGAGGAGAAGAUCGCCCUGAGUCAAGACAGGAUACUGGCAAAGGAGAAGCCAGAGGAGUUUGUGGCCAAUUCAUGUAUGGUGAACAGGGUUGCAGACAGUGGUGUGAGACCUGCAGCAGUGGAACUGAGCUCUGUUAAGACUGAGCCUGCAGCAGUGGAACUGAGCUCGGUUAAAACUGAGCCUGCAGCAGUAGAACUGAGCUCGUUCAAACCUGCUGUAGCAACGGCCCAUGUAGCUGGCACGCCAGCUCCAGCUUCUACCUCGGUAACUGCUACCACUGCUAACCCUGUUCCUGUUCCCUUUCCCCCCACCAAACUAGUGAUAAAACAAGGAGGAGGGGGAGCACUGGUAUCGUGGUCUACUAGCUGCCCCCCUAUGACUGCGUCAGUGGUACGGCCUUGUGCAAAAGCCACAGGCCUGGGCUCUGAGCGCAGUUUUGGCCCCACCUCAUCCUCGACUCAUUCUGCAGAUGAUGAUGAUGAUGACGACGAUGCACUUCCACAGCGGACUAGCAAGCCUCCCAUCAAGACCUACGAGGCACGUCAACGAAUUGGCUUGAAGUUAAAGAUUAAGCAAGAGGCAGGGUUCAGCAAAGUGGUUCACAACACUGCAUUAGACCCAGUUCAUUUACAGCCACAGCACACUCCACUACCACAAGGCCCUGAGCCACCCUCUAAAACAAGACCACCUGUAACCCAUCUGUCCACAGUUCAAAGGACAUCACCCCCUACAAGUAAUUCCACAUCCUCUGUCACUUUCAGUGCAGCAGCAACACAUGCAGGGUCUGCUACUACAACUUCCUCAACUGCCCCACCCCCUUCAGUCUCUCAUGGCUGGUCAUCAAUGUCCUCGUCCUUAUCCUCCUGCACCUCUUCAGCCCAAGUGAAUGGCACACUAGAGCACUAUGAGGUGUCUGGGGCCAAAUUGAACCCUACCUCCACGUCAACCCCUCAGUUGACUACCUGCCGACUACCACUACGCAAGACCUACCGCAAAAAUGUCAGCCCUCAUCACCGACCGGGAGUGCCAGGAGGGGGCGACAUGGGACCCAUUCCACCAGUAGCACCUGCAGCCUCCCCUUCAGUGGAGAGGACGGUUAUUGCCAGUGUGAAAUUGGAACAGCAAGGUGUCUGUAAGCCCUCUCACACCCACACAGAUGCGAGCUCACAGGGCCUGGCAUCUGUAGAGCAUGAAUUUUACCAUGGAAUUAAAAAUGCAUAUCAGCAGCAGCAAUCCUCUGAUAAAGAGGACGAGGCGGAUGGUAAUACCGGGGACCACAUGGGAAGGGUCCUGGGGCAGAUGAGUAAAAGCCGUGAGUGGGCAGUGGGGACGUUUCGAAUGGACCAGCAUGCGCCAGGCCCUCCAUCUCUUGGCGAAACAUCCUGGGCGCGAGACUCGUCACUUCCUGCAAAACGAUCUAAAUCAGAUUCCCCGGACAUGGACAAUGCCAGCUUCUCGAGUGGUAGCCCCCCACUGGACAACUCACUGAACGAACAUCUGCAGUGUGCUAUAGAUAGCAUACUGAAUCUGCAGCAGGGCCCACCGACCCGUGGAGCCGUGGACAGGGUCUAUGCUGGAAACUUAUCCAACCAGCACCAAACCCACCAUCGUCAAGGCACAGCAUCUUCAUCAGCAUCAUCGUACAGACACACUGUCACCUCCUCUCCCUCUCCAUCAUCAUCUUCCAUUUCACAGCAUCCACAGUUAGGGGGACGAGGACAGAAUGGAAAUCUGGUGUCACAAACACAUAGUAGAUAACAGACCCUUUUAGUCGAGAGAUUCUGAAAGACUGAAAGGCCUGGGAGACGCCAAAGCAGGAAAAUCACUUUACUCUGUUUAGCUGUGUUUGCCUUGCUUGUCUAUGGAUGGCUACUGAAUCACAAUAUUGUCUAGGUGUAAUUUCCCCUUACUUCCAAAAUCGUGAAGUGCACUUUGUCAUGCCAGGCUCACUUUUGGAAUGUUUUUUUGUGUUGUUUUGUUUGCUCACUUAAAUUCUUUCAUUAACCUUUUUAUUAAUAAUACCAAAAUGUGAGGAAGUUUCUUCAAUCUGACCAUUUACUUUAUGUAUUGCCCUUGAUUAAUUGCCAUUACCACUGUAGAAUUCUGCCUUUACGGUUUGAUGUUAUUCUUUAUAAUGUUGUUCUUUUGAAUUUCAAUUGAGGUUUUUGUCCACUGGUGAAGAUCGUAGUCAUCAUCCCCCUUCAGCACAAAAUCAUGAAUUACAAUAACAAAGAAACCGACCCAUCACUAAAAUCCUCCUGUUCCUGAAUCAUUUUGGGUUUCAGCAAAACCUGAUGUGGUGACUGCUGGGAUUGAAAAACACUUGCCAAUAAAGCAAACUGCUAGAUUUCUAACCGAGCCUUUUAAAUGACACCAUCAACUGGAGCACAUUUUACAGUGAAUACCUGUAGUCCUUUUUUUUAUACUUUAAAAUUGCCUACAGUUUUUCGAGAAAAUUCAUUGACCUGACAGAGGGCAAAACGCUGCGCAACCGUCUUCCUGAAAAUUCUGCCUCUGGAAGAGUUCAGUUUAUUUUUAUUUUUUAAUUUUUUUUACUCUCCAACUUUCCACUGCUCCUCGAUAAUAUGGAAAGCUCAAUCAGGUUAGAUUAGUGCUCGGUACAGACGCAGAUUCAACCCUAUUUCAAACCAGUUAUUUUAAUGGACACCACAAUCACUGCAUCCUUCAACAUCUUCAUCUCCAUCAUAGAGCCGAGAAGCAUCCUCUAUUGUGAUUAUAAACAACUUUUACUUUGCAUCACACAUUUAAGUGGCAGUUAAAAAAAAACAACAAAAAAAAAACAACACCAUCCUAAUUUAUUUAUAUAUUUUAUGUACACGUAAUGUAGAAUCCUUCAAAUACCCUCUGGACAAUUCAAAUGCAAACACAGCUCAAUUACGAGGAAAAGAAAACUAAUCUAAAGGAAAAAAAAAUAGAACUGUAAGAAUUUGAAGUAUAGUACUACAAAUUAAUUUUGUAUUGUAUUUAUUGUGUAUAAUGACACUUUUUUAAAAAAGGAAACUGUACAUUUAGUAAAACUGUAAAUUAAACUUUGCUUCUUUUAUGAAAGAAUAA